AUGGCAUUUCAAUCAGAAUGCCAUAAAGGAUACCUGUCCGUAUUUAGUUUUGGUGUAAAAUGUGUAAUAACUAAUAAGAGUUCAUCUUUUACAUCUGAAAAUAUUCAGAAUAAAGAUAAAUAUUUGCCCAUCAAUAAAGCUAUUGUAAAUGACAGUUUAGCAAUUGGUAUUGGACAUAGCUUAGCGAGUUGUCGGCAUCUAUAG